UCUUCUUGAAUUGCCGCUCUUUGCUCGGGCGGCGCCGUCUGGGAGGUAAUCACAGGAAGGCGCGCAGGUACCUCUCGCGCAGAUGGUCCGCACAUCAAUGCUGUUCUGCCACCGUCACCACCCUCAUCUCCCUCUGCGCUGCCCCUAGACGCGUACUGCGAGAACAUCCAAAGGAUCGCUCGCUUGCCGCACCACAGAUUGCUGACUUCUUGUCGCUCACCCAAGCUGCUUCACGACAUCAUGUCGAAGGGAGCUUCGAGCGGCAGUGCAGAUGCUAAGCCUGCUUCUGCCGUUCCCGCUUCCCUUCAGGCUUCCUCGGCCAGUGACGAUGCGGACAAGCUGAGCGACUACGUUCCACAAUCCGCCGAUCUUUCGCGCGCUGCAUCAGCCAGUGCAUCCCACUCCAAGGCCGCUUCCGAAGAGGUCGAGGAGGAUGAGGAUGUGGAGAUGCGAGACGCUCAAGAUGAUGAGGAUAAUGAAGAUGAUGAGGCUGAUGCGCCUUCUUCGGCUCGAGGUCCAAAGACUCCCAGACAACUGGAAAAGGAGAGGGAAAAGCACGAGAGGAGCGAAGCGAGGGCUGAGAAGGCAAAGGCUAAAGCUGGGCAGAAUUCCGCUCUCAGCUCGACUCGAGAGGAGAUGAAGAAAUCGAAGUUGGCAGAUAGCAUGAAGAGGUUCUCUUACCUGCUCGGUCAGACCGAAUUGUUUCAACAUUUCAUCGACAUCAAGAAGGAGAGAGAUCCAGAGUUCAGAGCUUUGCUGGAGGAGAGUCAAGCAAAGAGGGGCGCCAAAGCCAAGAAGACUGAUGGCGGAAGUGGCGGUGCGAGGCGCAGAAAGACGGAGAAGGAAGAGGACGCGGAAUUGCUUGGUGAAGAUGACGACGAAGGGGAGGAUACCUUCGUCUUUGAAGAGUCUCCCACGUACGUCAAGGGCGGAACAAUGCGCGAUUAUCAAGUACAAGGUCUCAAUUGGAUGAUUUCGCUGUAUCAAAAUGGUAUCAACGGCAUCCUCGCCGAUGAGAUGGGCCUCGGCAAGACCCUGCAGACCAUCUCGUUCCUUGGCUUCUUGAAGCACCAUCGCGACACCCCGGGUUUCCACUUGGUCGUCGUUCCAAAGAGCACGCUGGACAACUGGAGAAGAGAAUUCGAAAAGUGGGUGCCAGGCUUCAGGGUCGUUGUUCUGCAAGGACCCCAAGAAGAACGAAACGCCAUGAUACAACAAUACUUGCUGCCUCAAGAGUUCGACAUCUUGCUAACCACCUACGAAAUGUGUCUGCGCGAGAAGUCGGCCCUCAAGAAGCUGUCGUGGGAGUACAUCAUCAUCGACGAAGCUCACAGAAUCAAGAACGCUGAUUCGCUGCUGAGUCAGAUCGUCCGAGCUUUCAAUAGUCGAUCUCGUCUCUUGAUCACGGGAACGCCACUGCAGAACAACUUGAUGGAGCUCUGGUCUCUACUCAAUUUCCUGCUGCCUGACGUAUUCUCCAACUCCGAGGACUUCGAAUCUUGGUUCAAGGACAAGGGAGAUGAAGCUCAAGAUCAGGUCGUGCAGCAGCUGCACAAGGUGUUGCGACCAUUCUUGCUCCGCAGAGUUAAGGCGGAUGUAGAGAAGAGCUUGUUGCCAAAGAAGGAAAUCAACAUCUUUGUAGGCCUGACCGACAUGCAGAGAAAGUGGUACAAGUCGAUCCUUGAGAAGGACAUUGAUGCUGUCAAUGGAGCUGGUGGCAAGAAAGAGGGCAAGACGAGACUACUCAACAUCGUCAUGCAGCUCCGGAAAUGCUGCAACCACCCUUACCUGUUUGACGGAGCGGAGCCCGGUCCGCCUUUCACUACCGACGAGCAUCUCGUCUUCAACUCGGGCAAGAUGGUCAUUCUGGACAAGCUGCUCAAGUCGAUGAAGGAAAAGGGAAGCCGUGUCCUGAUCUUCAGUCAGAUGAGCCGUGUUCUCGACAUUUUGGAAGACUACUGCUUGUUCCGCGAGUACAAAUACUGUCGCAUCGAUGGUCAAUCAGCGCACGAAGAUCGCAUCUCUGCGAUCGACGAGUACAACAAGGAGGGCAGCGAAAAGUUCGUCUUCCUGCUCACCACUCGCGCAGGUGGUCUGGGUAUCAAUCUGACUACUGCAGACAUUGUGGUGCUGUUCGACUCGGACUGGAAUCCUCAAGCUGAUCUGCAAGCUAUGGACCGAGCCCAUCGGAUUGGGCAGACCAAGCAAGUGUACGUCUUUCGAUUCGUGACAGAUCAAUCAGUGGAAGAGCGUAUCCUGGAUCGUGCAGCACAAAAGCUUCGUCUCGAUCAGUUGGUCAUCCAGCAAGGUCGAUCGCAAGCCGCUGCCAAGGCCCAACAGAACAAGGAAGAUCUGGUCGACAUGAUUCAGCACGGUGCGGAAAAGAUCAUCAACACUUCCAACGAUCUGAUGAUUGACGAGGACAUCGACGCGAUCAUCAGCAAGGGAGAGUCGAGAACAAGCAAGCUGCUCGAAAAAUAUCAAGGUCUCAACAUCGACGAUCUGAACAACUUUAGGAGCGAGACGACACUAGAGUGGGAGGGUCAGGACUUCAGUGCCAAGGGUAGACAAGGAAAGAUUGGCGGCAUUUGGAUAGAGCCCAGCAAGAGACAGCGGAAGGAGAAUUACCAUGUGGACUCGUACUACAAGGAUGCUCUCAGUCUGAAGUCCAAGCCCAGUGCACCUCGGGCACCUAGAGCGCCCAAGCAAAUUGCUUUAAACGACUGGCAGUUCUUUCCUAAACGCUUCGCUGAGCUGCAAGAACGUGAAACUGCCGCCUUUCAGCGAAGUCAGGGUUACAAAGUGCCUCUGAGAGAAACAAAGGAGGAUGAGGAUCCAGAAGUGGCCGAGGAGGAGCGAGCUAAGGGUCAGCAAUUUGUCGACGAAGCCGAGGAGCUGACCGAAGCUGAACAGGCCGAGAAGGAGAAGUUGGCGGAGCAAGGCUUCACGCACUGGACCAAGCGUGAUUACCUGGCCUUCAUCAAGGGCAACGAGAGGCACGGUCGACGCUCGUAUGCCCAAAUUGCUGAGGAGAUUAACAACCCCGAUCUGACGGAGAAGGAGGUCAAAGCGUAUGCAAAUGUCUUUUGGAACAGAGUGCACGAGCUGACGGACGCCGAGAGGUAUAUUAAGCGCAUAGAGGAUGGUGAAGCGAGAACUGCAAAGAUCGAGCGGAACGAAGCCAACCUGAACAAGUUCAUCCAGCAAUUCAGAGCGCCGCUGAGCCAGAUGAAGAUCAACUAUACUGGCUCUACAAAGAAGGCUUACUCGGAGGAGGAAGACAGGUUCAUCCUUGUCAGCCUUUCCAAGCAUGGGCUCAGGGGCGACGAGACUUGGGAGAAAAUCAAGGCGGAUAUCAGCGAACACCCUGGCUUUCGCUUCGACUGGUUCGUCAAGUCAAGGACACCUAUCGAGUUGUCUAGACGUGCAACCACCCUCAUGACGCUCGUCUUGAAAGAUAUCGAGGAUGCCGAGCCUGCCAAAGCAGUCGGCAAGAAGCGUGGUCCCGUGGACCAUGCCAUGAACGGCGACGCUUCGUCCCGGGGCUCCACGCCUGCCGCUGCCCAGGGCGGACGAGCCGUGAGCGGAAGCAAAAAGAAGAAGGUUGCCUGAGCGACGUGCGCGCGCGCUCUAUCUAGCAUUACGAUCUCUCCCCUUGCAAACCCUCUGGCUUGCUCGUCCAUACGUCGCAGACUCUUUCGCUAGCAAGCUUGGUCAUGGCACACGCAACUCGAGCAUCAAGGGAAGAUCACUUGGUUUAGACUGACGUGAUGUAGCAUUCGAGGGUAGCAGAUGAUAUGCGCGAGCGACGCGAGGGUGGAACGCGACCGCUUUGUAGAG